AUGUCUACUACUGAUCCUACUCAAUUUAAUAAAAGAGAUAUUGAACGACUAAUUGAAGAAAACAAUACGUCAAUAUCAUAUGCAAAACCAAAAGAAACUCAAAAUAUGUCCAAAUGUUGGUCUCAAUUUAGUCAAAUCUACGUUGCUAACAUUAAACAAGAUUUUAUUAUUUGCGAUUUUUGUGAAUCAAUAUUAGUUUAUAAAUCAUCAACAGGAUCCGGUUGUAUGAUAUCUCAUUCACGUUCCUGUAAAUCUAAAGAAAAACAAUCUGAUUCAUCCGACCAACAACGAAAAAUUAAUCAUUAUUACAAAUCAACAUCAAGUGGCAAAAACAACAUACCAAAACGGAUAAAAAAUGAUAUCACAUCAGCUUGUGUUGAAUUCGUAGUUCAGGAUGGUCGAGCAUUUCAUUUAUUAGAAGGAUCUGGUUUUAUUCGUUUAGCCAAACAAUUGUUUGAUACGGGUAAACUUAUGUCAUCAACAACGAAUAUAGAAGUUGAAGAUCUGUUGCCUGAUUCGACUACAAUUAGUAGAAAUAUUGAUCGAAUGUAUGCUCAUUAUAAAAAGCAAUUGAUACAGCUCUGCAAAUCAAUGGAUAACUUUUGUGUAAUAAUGGAUUUUUGGACCGAGUCUUAUACUGUUUUUCAUGAAGGUUUGUCCUAUUGUGGUUUAUUACUUACUCAUGUUGAUCCAGAAUUUCAAUCGCAAGCGUUUUUACUUGGUUGUUUUCCGUAUGAAAUGGAAAACAAACGAGCACCAACUAUUCGAUCUUUUGUUGAUGAUAUACUUCAUAGUUUUGGUUUGAAAUUAGAUGAAGAAAAAUUUGUUAUGAGUGACAACGAACCGACCAUGAAAUGUACAUUUAAUUUAAAUUGUAAACGUAUUGGCUGUAGUGACCAUUAUCUCAACAAGCAAUUACAACAUGCUUUUACAUCACAAAUGAUCGAUGGAGAAGAUGUUAACUGUGAAUUAGCUCAAGAAAUGUUUGAUGAUGUUAAACAUACUGUUUCAAGUGUUCGUCGAACGCACAAACAACAAAAUUUGUCGAAAAAAUUAAUUCUAUAUUCAGAUACACGUUUUAGUGGUGCCUAUGUUAUGUUAACUGUAUUUUUAAAUGUCUUUGAUGAAUUAGAUAAAAUUCUGGACUCAAAAUUAUUAAUGGUUUAUUCUAGAAUUGAUAAAGAUCUUUUAUAUGAUAUAUGUCAAUUUUUAUUUCCAUUUGAUACUGUUCUUCAAACCUUAAGCGACAGUAAACGACCAACGCUUCAUCGUGUAUUGCCAUUCAAGCAAUUCUUAAUCAACAAAUGUAAUGUUAAUAAUAAUGAUAGAGAAGGUUUGAAACAAUUGAAGUCUUUUUUGGAUGAAAAAUGGGAAUUGCCUAAUGAACACCUUAUUGCAACAUUACUUCAUCCAAAUUUAAAACAUUUCCAUAUGUGUCCUCAUCUGAAAGAGCGUGCAAUAUGCUUAUUAAAGGAAGAAAUGAUGAAAUGUCAAGAAAGUGCUCAAUCUAAAUGUACAUCAUCUUCAAUAUUUUUAAUACCAUCGUCAUCUUCAAUACCAUCUUCAUCUUCAAUAUCUUCAAUACCAUCGUCAUCUUCAAUACCAUCUUCAUCUUCAAUAUCUUCAAUACCAUCGUCAUCUUCAAUAUCUUCAGCCUUAUGUUCAUCAUUAUCAACAUCUUCAAUGUCAAGUUCAUCGUCAUCAAAGUCAACUUCCAUUACUAAUUCUUCUGCACGAAAACAAUUAUUGAUGGCAAUAUAUGAUCAACAACUUGUAGUACCAGAAAAAAGUUCUGUUGAACAAGAAUUAGAAAAAUAUCUUACAUCUACGUCCAUGGUACGAGAUGAAGAAGAAGAUGACAUACUUGGAUAUUGGAACGAGCAUCAAAAGUUAUUUCCAUUAAUUGCUUCAAUCGCUCGCAAGAUACUAGCUAUUCCAGCUUCAAAUACAGCCGUCGAACGGCUAUUUUCGUCGUGCAAAAACACCAUCACAGACAAGCGAACAAGGUUAGGUAGUGAAAAAUUGAACAAGAUUAUGUUUUUACAGAAGAAUAUGAAUAUAUUAAAGGAAAAAUUUCGUGUUAAUUUUGCUGUAACAAAUGAUGAUCAGAACACAAAACGAAAAUAUGACACAACCAUUUUGAAGGAUCAAUCAAUACAAAAAAAGAUGAAACUGCACGAAAUGGUAAUUGAUCAUCAAGAUGAUAAUGAAUAUUUAGUUAAUAGUGAAAGUGAUGAUGAGCAAUAA